AUGAUGUAUUUAACGUGGGAUUCCGAAGGCCAGUCAACGACAUUCCAUACCCUACGGAGUCUGGCACAUACGAAAGCUAUCCAGAUGAAGCUUCACCGACUGGAUGAAGAUAUGGCAACGGAUGUCGUCCAAGCUGAGUUGAAGCGACGACUGUGGUGGCAUCUUGCAGCCACAGAUUGGUUAAUUGCCAGCGUGCCCGGUCCGCAGGAAGGCAUAUAUAGCUUCCAUACCAAACACAUGCGCGUUCGGUAUCCUGCCAACCUUGACGACGAAGACAUCCGGCCAGACGGGCUUUAUACAGAAGGCCUCCCAGAUGAUCAGCUGACGCAAAUGUCAUAUUUCCUUCAGCGGUUGAAGUUUGCAGAGCUCUGCCGCGACGUUAUGGACAGCCUCCCAAGCGGUGACGCGAGCCUGCCCUAUGAUCAGGUCUUGAAGGUGAGCAGCCGCUACACUGACUUCAUGGACCGUCUUCCCUGGUUCUUUUGCGCCGAUGAGAAAAGUACAGCCCAGGCCGCAGUUCUAGCAAGCCGACGACCUUAUCUUCUCCGCCAGAAAUCUACGCUGCUGUACGGCAUAUAUUCACGCAUCGGUCGUCUAUACCGACCGUUUCUGCUACAAGGCACCGACGAGAAAGAAUCCGUUUCUGUUUCUGAUUCCUUGGCCAUCCAAUGCGCUGAGAGAAUGAUCGAGAUCCGACGCAUGGUCGAGCCUGGCGAUCUCUGCCUGCACGUCCAUUCUCACAGCAUGGACCAGCACACGUUCAGUGCGCUGCUGCUGUUGUCGAUGGGCAUCUUGGGGGAAAAGGACACAGAACUCGCGCGGAAGCGCAAGGCGAACCUGCUCCCCAUUUGCAGCAUGCUAAAGGAAAAACAAGGAUCGCUAAGCCGAGCCGGCAAUGGCAUUUCUGCUGCCAUCGACCGCUUGGUGGAGAUUUUGGAGAGGCCGAAUCCAGCGCGUGAUUGGUUGGGGGCUCACCCAGACGGACCGUCGAUCCAAGAUGUAGCCACGCUCUGGGAGGAACUAAUCAAAGACCUGCCCAGUCCGUCAGGCAUUCCAUGGGACGCCUUUCUCGACUGGCAGGGUCCUUAG